UCUGCUAUAAGUCGAGAGGGUGGAAGCUAAGCUUCUUCGUUUGUUACCCGCCGCCUGAAACCAACACCAACAACAACUCAACAACGUUGGAGUGGGAAAGGGAAAAGGGAAAACGCCGCUGUUUGUUUCAACAACGUUGCUCUUCUCUUCUUGCAUGUUGCAUUGUCUCUUCCCUUCCGACACUUCCCCAUUCCUUCGUUGAUUCACAAAAUCGAACCAGCAAGCAGAAGAGGAUCUUACUUUGUCCAACAGCAUUAGAAAAAACUGAGAAGGAUGAAGUACGUGUUGGUGACAGGUGGUGUUGUUAGUGGACUUGGGAAAGGAGUCACUGCUAGCAGCAUUGGGGUGCUCCUUCAGGCUUGUGGCUUUCGAGUUACUUCUAUCAAAAUUGAUCCCUACCUGAACACUGAUGCAGGGACAAUGUCUCCUUUUGAGCAUGGAGAGGUGUUUGUCUUGGAUGAUGGGGGUGAGGUUGACCUUGAUCUUGGAAACUAUGAACGAUUCUUGGACACCAAAUUAACUCGCGACAAUAACAUCACUACAGGAAAAAUAUAUCAGUCUGUUAUUGAGAAGGAGAGGAGAGGAGAUUAUCUUGGAAAGACUGUCCAGGUUGUUCCACACGUUACUGAUGCCAUCCAAGAGUGGAUAGAGCGUGUAGCACAUAUUCCAGUUGAUGGAAAAGAAGGCCCAGCUGAUGUUUGUGUCAUUGAAUUGGGUGGAACUAUAGGGGAUAUCGAAUCUAUGCCUUUUAUUGAAGCACUAGGCCAAUUUUCCUACCGCGUAGGCUCUAGCAAUUUCUGUUUGGUUCAUGUCAGCCUGGUGCCUGUUCUCAAUGUUGUUGGUGAACAGAAAACAAAACCAACUCAGCAUAGUGUCCGCCAACUUAGAGGCUUAGGGAUGAUCCCAAAUCUUCUUGCCUGUCGUAGUUCAAAGGAGCUUGAUGACAAUGUCAAGGCCAAGCUUGCUCAGUUUUGUCACAUGCCGUCAUUAAACAUACUUACUCUCUAUGAUGUUCCAAAUAUUUGGCACAUUCCUUUACUAUUAAGAGACCAGAAGGCACACGAGGCUAUCCUGAAAACAUUAAACUUGCAAGGUGUUGCUACAGAGCCUAAUUUUAAGGAGUGGAUCACCAGAACAAAAGUUUAUGACAAAUUUGAUGGAUCUGUUAGAAUUGCUAUGGUGGGAAAAUAUACAAGCCUUUCAGAUGCUUACCUUUCUGUACUGAAGGCACUUUUGCAUGCUUCUAUCACUCACAAUCGUAAGCUUAUUUUGGACUGGGUCCCUGCUGGGGAUCUUGAAGAUGCUACUUCUAAAGAGGAUCCUGAUGCAUACAAAGCUGCUUGGGAUCUUUUGAAGGGUGCUAAUGGGAUUCUUGUUCCAGGAGGUUUUGGUGAUAGAGGAGUGCAAGGGAAAAUUCUUGCUGCUAAGUAUGCUCGAGAAAACAGCGUUCCGUUUCUGGGCAUUUGCUUGGGGAUGCAAAUUGCUGUCAUUGAGUUUGCCAGAUCUGUUCUUGGUCUUCAUGAUGCUAAUAGCACAGAAUUUGAUCCGGAAGCCAAAAAUCCUUGCGUCAUAUUUAUGCCAGAAGUUUCAAAGACUCAUAUGGGGGGAACUAUGCGUCUUGGUUCAAGGAGAACAUACUUCCAAGUUGCUGAUUGCAAAUCAGCUAAGUUGUAUGGUAAUGCAAGCUUUAUUGAUGAGAGACAUCGGCAUAGAUACGAGGUUAAUCCUGACAUGAUACCACAACUUGAGAAAGCUGGUCUGUCCUUUGUUGGAAAAGAUGAAACUGGGAGGCGCAUGGAGAUAAUUGAAUUGCCUGGUCAUCCUUUCUUCAUUGGUGCUCAAUUUCACCCUGAGUUCAAGUCAAGACCUGGAAAACCUUCUCCACUAUUCUCAGGAUUAAUAGCAGCAGCAUGUGAGAGGACAGUUCUGCCGGUAAGCAACGGACAUGCCAAGUUAACACCCAAUGGCGUUUUAAAUGGACACUCUCCUACGCAGAAAGAACAUAAUGGAAAUGGGUUCAAAUCUUCCAAUGGUUCCUCAAAUGGAGUAUAUGCCAAUGGCAAUGGAAGCUGCUAAUUAAUCAUCUAUGUUUUUUGGUUACAAGUUUGGUUUGAUUUUCUCCAAAAACAUGUUUUGUGCUCGGUUGGCCUGUACAGUUUGAGUGGAUAGAUAUCUUUAGGGGGGAUAUGUCUCCAGCGUGGAGCAAAUUUUGAGCGUAACAACUUUUUAAUUUCCAAGCCUGAAGGUUAUGGAUGAUAAUUUUCACAAUGAAUAAAAAAUGCUGUAGCUUGUCAUGGUUA